AUGGCAACCCCAUGGCCGUCAGAGCAACUAUGGCCAACGCACCACCGAGAGCAUGCCACCGAACUUAGCAGACACCUCCAGACAGCAGUCAAGUCUAUCGACACCGCAAACGGAAACCCCCUCAACCCACAGGCUGUGAGGUCCACGCUUAUCGCGGCCCUCUCCCUGAUCAUUAAAUUGCAGAACCUACCUGAGGUCGGACACCUCCACCAGGCUAUCGAGAGCCUGCGAGCGGAAACCAAAACAGCCAACGAGAAUACCACCCGCGAAACGAGAACCAUCAAGAUCGCUCUACAGCAGAACACAGCCGAACUUAAGGAGAACACCAACAUAACACGCGCGGCUAACGAAGCCGCGAAGGAGGCUUGGAAAGCCAGCGAGCUGGCGGCUAAGGUCGUAAAGGACAUCAAAGCACUGGGACCAAUGAAUCAGGGGAGCACCGCACAGUCAUAUGCUAGUGUAGCCGCCCGAGGAGGACUUACAGGAAGCAUGCAUAACCCCCGUAACCAGAGAUCGUCCCAGACCCAGACUCUGCGUGAGAUCAUUGUGAACAUUAGAGAUCCCAUCACCAUUGCCUGCAUAAGAGCCAUGAACUCCCGUAGCCUUAAGGCGCACGUAGACCGCGCCAUCGAAGAAAGCAGUAAUGAGCAUAUCCGCAAACUCAAGGCAGUAUCUGCUAAUCAGCUCAAGAGCGGCGACCUCAGCAUCAAGACAGCCACGACAAAAGACAUGGAGGCCCUCCGCCAGUUUGCCGAGGACUGGGAAAACCGCAUCGGCAACGGAGCCGCGCGCAUGGCAUAA